GAGAGAGAGAGAGAGAGAGAGAGAGAGAGAGAGGUGGAGGCUACAGACUGUACUUACUAAGCGGGGUUCUGGGAUCUGGUUCUUCUCGGCCCGGCGGCUGACUUGUGCACCUCUGUCGGAGGUCACUGCAAUCUGGAUUUAAAUAUAUAUACAUAUAUAUAUAUAUAUAUAUAUAGAAAGGGAAGAGAGGUCAGCAGAACGACAGGAAUGAGAGAGGAAUAAAGAGAUAGCUGAUAGAAACAGGGAGCGACAUCGCGGACGAGCCACCGAGAAGGAGACGAAACCCCCCCCACCCUCUCCCCCCCGGCCAGACGACCCUUUAGCACGGAUACAGGGAGGCAUAGAGGAGGGGGAACUAACGGGAGACAGACUGAUAAAUAACCCAGACAGGAAAGCCAUCAUCACUAGGGCAUGGCAGAUGCAGACCUGGACUUCCAGACAGGUGAUGCUGGGGCAUCCGCCACCUACCCCAUGCAGUGCUCUGCCCUGCGUAAAAACGGCUUUGUAGUCCUGAAGAACCGACCCUGCAAGAUCGUUGAGAUGUCCACCUCCAAGACUGGGAAGCACGGCCACGCUAAGGUCCACAUGGUCGGCAUUGACAUCUUCUCUGGUAAGAAAUAUGAAGAUAUCUGUCCCUCCACCCACAACAUGGACGUCCCCAACAUCAAGAGAAUGGACUAUCAGCUGAUUGGGAUCCAAGAUGGCUACCUGUCCCUGCUCCAGGACAGUGGUGAGGUGAGAGAGGACCUGAAGAUCCCAGAGGGAGACCUCGGCAAAGAGAUAGAGAUCAAGCACGAAGCCGGAGAGGAGAUCAUGAUCACCGUUCUAAAUGCAAUGGAUGAAGAAGCGGCCAUUGGCAUCAAAGCCCUGGCUAAAUAAGCCACCGCAGGUAAAUACAGAGCUACAGCUGUACGGAUAUGCAGCUGCUUUCCAUCCCCACCCCACCCCAAGCAUCGACUGACCCAGCCUGCCUGACUGAAGAGGAGUGUGUGUGUGUGUGUGUGUGUGUGUGUGUGUGUGUGUGUGUGCGUGUGUUUGGUUGUUGCGCAACAAGUCAACAGCAUGUGCCAUGCUAAUGCAAGUCUGUGUGAUAUCAUGUCUCUGUACAGUUUCUUGUUCAUCACUGGACCAAGGAGAAGGCAACUCCAGUCAGCAAUAUGUGAGGCUGUUUGGACUCUAACCUUGGUGUACUAGGAAAAAAAACAACUUUAUUUAUAGUUAUGCAUAGAGACAAUACUGGAAAUAUUCAUGUUUGCCACAUCAUUACAUUAUGUCAGCACUUUUUGUGUAUAUAUUGAGAUAUGAGCGUAAAUUUAAAGACGGGUGUCACUCUGGAUUUGCCUCCCCCUUUUGUACGUGCUUUCUCUGUCAUGUAACACUAUUAUGAGCAUGUGUAUCAUUUCUAAGUAGCACUUUCAAAUAGAAAUGAAGCGUAUGGGUCACGUUGUAUAUUUUGAAGCGGUGUUUUUGCUGUUGUUUUCUGUUAGUAGCACUUUAUUUCACAGCCUUAACGCACCUUCCGCUUGCUGUAUGUUCCUAAGGAAAGCGCUUCCCGCUUUGUUGUGAUGUCGGGUCGACUUGUUUUCACGCACUUUCAUUCAUCAUGGCGGGCUGUUAGAUUGAAGUGUCCACCGAGGUUGAAACUGCUAUGUUUACUCCACAGAGGCUUUUUAAACACUGUCUGGUACAUUAAAAUAUAUUUGUUUUGAUUUUUACUUUUCCCUUCAGAAUCUUCCUUUUCUCACUUUUCUUUCCUUUUUUUUCUUCUUCUUCCUUCAUAAUUCUGUUUCAGGGGUAAACGAGAUGCACUGGACCUGGGGGGAAAAGGAGGGAUUAUUGCCUCGUCAAUGCUUUUCUCCCUCUUUCUUUUUUUCUCUCUUCUCGUCUUGGUUUUUCAUACUCUCUCUCUCUCUCUCUCACUUUGUUUUCUGACCCCUCUGUGGGUCCGUUUAGAAAAUAACUAAUUGGAAAUGUCAAACAUUCUCUAUGUGAACGCACUCAUGAUAAAAAAAUCCACACGUCUGGACUUUGGAGGUUUAAUAAGGUCACGGAGGAGUUCAAAUAUUCAGUAGCUUCCUAUCAUCAGGAGAAAGAAAAGGUGGUGCUACUCAAACAUGGGUUUUAUUUUUUAUACAUGUCCCACCCUGUUUUCUGAAGGGCUUCAACUCUCAUCUGCAUUGUUCUGUUGAGGCUUGUUCAGCCUGUGCGCCAUACAUGACGUUUAUCUGUGUGGCGCUGUUAUUUCAGCAAGUCAUCUGAACAAGCCCCUCCCUCCUGCUGUUGAUUUGAUCACCUGAAACUUGUCUAUUAACACACACCGAGGUUCAGUAUCCUUUUUGUCUCAAGGAGUUAGAAGUGAUUAAAGGAUGCAAAAAGUCAUGAAGAACACUAACAUUUCAUUCGCCGAGGCCGUCAGUCGGCCUCCGCUUAACUCAGAGCUCGUUUGGAGAAACGUCUGAAAUAUGAUUUGGUAUACGAUAAACAUGAGCAACAAUCCAGGAGGCCGAAGCGUUGUGUUUGUCUCCGAACAAAUAAAGGUUGACACAAACUGUU